AAAGUGAUUACACAUUCUGCUAAUAGAAACAAGUUCGCGAUAGAGUGCGAAAUUGAAGCUUUCCACGCUACGUUCAUGCGUACAUCGUGGUCGAUACGACGGGAAUUUGUAGUUUGUCAUACUUGUCAUCAUUCGAUGCACCGGGAGCUAAUCUGUCAAACAAGUACGAACCGUUGUUGAAGCGUGUCGGUGUAUUAUUAAGGCCCACCGUCGUGUUACGACAUGGGUGAUUACAACAAGGAGGGCGAACGGCAGCCGCUGCUAAAGAACGACACUACGUCUGGAUACAGCUCGCACGUUAGCGAUGUGAUCGAUGAACCUCAUUCCACAGUCAAUACUGUUUCACCAAUCGGGCCGGAUGAGCUGCCACCGCCGUACCAAUCCGCCACCCAGGGUGGCAUGCCCAUGGUCACUUGCAGAGUUUGUCAGGCAAUGAUAGACAUUUCCGGCAAGAGGGAUCAACAUGUCGUCAAGUGCUGUCAGUGCAAUGAAGCUACUCCCAUAAGAAAUGCUCCACCUGGAAAGAAGUAUGUACGAUGUCCUUGCAAUUGUCUGCUCAUAUGUAAGAGUUCUUCACAACGUAUUGCCUGUCCAAGGCCAAAUUGUAAACGUAUAAUUAAUCUGGCUCCCAGUCCUAUCACACCACCAGUUCUAUCUAUGCCUGGCAUGUGCAGAGUAGGCUGUGCCCAUUGUCAUGAUACAUUCUUAUUUAAUACAUUAAACAAUGCUCUGGCUCGAUGUCCACAUUGUCGUAAGAUAUCUUCUGUCGGUCCUGAUUUUGCCAGAGGACGAGGGAUUGUAUUCAUUGUUGUUGGAAUUAUAGCUUUAAUAAUUGCUAUAGCUGUAACGGUUGGGACAUACAAAUACGUAAAAACAAGCGGUGGAAUUUAUGUGGCUUACGUUGGUGCAUUUUUAUUGGCCUUCUUGUGUUUGGGACGCAGCAUUUAUUACUGCACAAUGAAGAUCAGUUUGAUAGAAGGCCCGAUGUAGUCUCCCAAACCAUGAUGAACAACCAAUGAUUUUAAAACCGAUCCCACUAAGAUAAAUGUCAUAUAAUAUUUAGAUCAAAUGUUUAUAGCAAUAUGACAUUUCAAGUCUUUUUAAGACAAAAAUGAUAGAUCAUAUAUAUAUAUAUAUAUAUAUGUGUGUAUACACAUGGCCAUAUGUGCGUAUGCAGACCUGUAUUGUUUAUGAUAAUAAUGCAUGUAUACAUUCUUAUAUAAUACGCAUACACAUAUGAGUGUGUUUCGUGAAGAAUCGGGAAGAAAGCAAACGUUUGUGGCGCUUUCCCUCAGAUAAGGUCAAAUAAUGUACGUAGGAAAACUCUCAGAAAUUAGUAUUUUACAGACAAUUGUUCCUUUGCACUUUUCUUUUAUAUAUAAUAUCAUUAUAGGACCAAUAACCAAUGGGUUCCAAUUUUUAUUUUCAUCUUACUGACUAGAACGUUCUAUAUAUAUAUAUCUAUACAUCUCAUUAUUUCUACAUUACGUUUAUGAAUAUCAAGUGCACAUAGAUAGACUCAAGUGUGCUCAUAUAAUUCCAAAUAUGUAAACAUGAUAUAUGUAAAUCUAGAUGUAAAUUAUGGUUUUAUUAAAUUUGUUCUUAUUGUGUUUUUGUUCUAUAUACAAGCAUCUGUACUAAAAUUGAAAUGAAAUCAUCACUUUGUUUAAAAUAAAAUUCUAAAUUUA